AUGGAUGAUAACAUUGUAUGUGUAAUUAUUUAUAAUAACGUAAGUUAUUUUCCUGAAUGUAAUAAAAUUAUUGAACGUUAUAAAGCUCAAGAUGCUUAUAGUGAGGACGUUUCGGAUCAAUUUUAUAGAACAUAUAAAAACAUAACUGAAGAUAUAUUCAGUAAAAGGGAAUCUAGCAUAGCUUUUUCAUACUUAUUUGAUGUAGAUUAUAACAACAAAAUUCCUAAUAUAUCUUCACAUGUUGGAUUUUUAUACUUGUAUUAUUGGAUAUAUCAUGAACUUAAUGCAAAAAAAAAUGUUACCCAUACUAAAAAUGUUUAUGAAGCAUUGGUCAAAGAUUAUUGUCAAACUUAUAAAACAGAUGGUUGUAAAGGAAACGAGAGUAAUUCAUAUAGCACUGAUGAAAUUAAUAAUCUUACAGCUAUAUAUGAUUUGUACGGGCAACUUAAUAUAAUAAAAGAUGCUUGCGUAUCUAAAAAAGACGCAAACUUUUGUAAAUCCGUAAAUCUUAUUAUAAACCAAUAUAUCACACAAGUGAAAACAAAUGAUAGAGACACUAGUGAACUUGAAUUAAAACCUUGUGUCAGAACAAACAUAGGGAUUACUAUUAUAACAUCAAUUCUUGUAAUGCUAUUAAUAUCACUUUUAGCAUUUUUUGCUUUUAAAUUCACCACAUAUGGUUCAUGGAUGAGUCAUAAAAUAAUGAAACUAAUAAAUAAGAGGAACAAAAUAGAUGAAGAAUGGAAUAUGUUACAACAGUGUGAAACUUCUGAUAUUACUUCAAGUGAUCAGAGAUAUAAUGUAUUGUAUAAUUGUGACUAA